AAGCCCAAAACCCUAAAUACGCAGACGAGAAAGGGUUUUAGAGGGUUUAAGGACUGAGGCUUCAAUACUUUCUUAGUUCUCAUUUCCAUUUCCUUUCAACUUGGUAUUCAUCCAAACCAUCAUUCACCAUGUGGGCUGUUCUUCGAUCUUCCAAUCCUCUCAAGUUCCGAGGAUUGAGCGUGGUAGUUUCUCGAGUUUGUUGUGCUAAAUCAGAAAUAUUUUCUAAUAACCUUGAAGCCAAUUCUGCCAUUUAUGAGUCUUCUCAAGUGCCAUCAGUCAGAUGCCUAUUUUACCACACUGAAGCUAAUUUUUCAAAGUUCUAUAUUCUAAGCCAAAGUAUGUCUUCACAAGCAGGUGCAGAAAGUAGCGAAUCAGAAGACUUGGAGGAUGGGUUUUCUGAACUCGAAACACCAGCUAGUGUUGAUUCAAAUGAAGAGAGCAGUGCAGUAGAUGGGAAUGAAGAUGAGUUAGUUUCUGAACCUGAGCUUUCUGAUGAUGGUGGUGAACACUCUGCAAUGGAAUUAUUAGAUACUGAAGCAGAUACAGGUGAGAAAGCAUCAUCAAAGAAAAAACUUGCCUCAGAACUGUUUCGAGCCAUUGUUAAUGCUCCAGGUUUGUCUAUCCAUGGGGUUCUUGAUAAGUGGGUGGAAGAAGGAAAGGAUUUGGGUAGGGCAGAGAUCUCACUGGUUAUGAUCGAUCUUCGUAAACGCCGAAUGUUUGGGAGGGCCCUGCAGCUCUCAGAGUGGUUGGAGGCCAAUAACAGACAGGACUUUGUUGAGAGAGAUUAUGCUUCUCGUGUUGAUUUGAUUGCAAAGGUGCGUGGCCUCCACAAGGCAGAGAACUAUAUUGAGAAGAUCCCAAAAUCACUUAGAGGGGAAGUUAUCUACCGAACUUUGUUGGCCAACUGUGUUGCUGCAAGUAAUGUGAAGAAAGCAGAGGAAGUAUUCAACAAAAUAAAGGAUCUUCAGUUUCCAAUCACAACUUUUGCGUGUAACCAGCUGCUUCUCCUCUACAAAAGGGUUGACAAGAAGAAGAUAGCUGAUGUUUUGUUAUUAAUGGAGAAAGAAAAUGUCAAGCCUUCACUCUUCUCGUACAAAAUCUUAAUAGACGUCAAGGGCCAAUCCAAUGACUUGACAGGGAUGGAUCAAAUUGUAGAAACCAUGAAGGGUGAAGGCAUUAAACCUGAUGUCGACACCCAAGCAAUUAUUGCUAGGCACUAUGCUUCAGGUGGUCUCACAGAAAAAGCUGAGGCUAUUUUGAAAGAAAUGGAAGGAGGAAACUUAAAAGAGCAUCGAUGGGCUUGUAGGGCUUUGCUUCCCCUGUAUGCUUCACUUGGAAAAGCUGAUGAAGUUGGGAGAAUUUGGAAGGUCUGUGAGUCGAGUCCCCGGCUAGAGGAGUGCAUAGCUGCCAUUGAAGCUUGGGGAAGGCUGAAGAAAGUUGAUGAAGCUGAGGCAGUUUUUGAUAGGAUGCUUACGACUUGGAAGAAGCUAUCUUCAAGACACUAUGCUGCGCUUUUGAAGGUUUAUGCAAACCAUAAGAUGCUAGGCAAGGGGAAAGAUUUGGUCAAGCAAAUGUCGGAUAGUGGGUGCCGCAUCGGUCCAUUGACUUGGGAUGCUCUAGUUAAGCUUUAUGUUCAAGCAGGGGAAGUUGAAAAGGCUGACUCUAUACUGCAAAAGGCUGCUCAGCAGAACCAGUUGAAGCCAAUGUUUAGUUCUUACUUGGCUAUCAUGGAUCAGUAUGCGAAAAAGGGUGAUGUACAUAAUGCAGAAAAAAUGUUUCACAGAAUGAAACAGGUAGGAUAUGUGGCUCGACUUAGGCAAUUCCAGACUCUACUCCAGGCUUAUGUAAAUGCGAAGGCCCCAGCUUAUGGGAUGAGGGAGAGGAUGAAGGCAGAUAACUUAUUCCCAACCAAGGGUUUGGCUGCCCAACUGGCGCAGGUUGAUGCAUUUAGGAAGACACCAGUGUCGGAUUUACUUGACUGAAGAUCUAGGUUGUUUCUUAUUCUGCAGUUAUUAAUUUCAACUACUUAUCUAUGUGCAGUUAUCUUCCAUUUUUAGUGGGGGUGAAACCAUUUUGGUGCUUUAUAGACCUUUUGCAGCAAAUUGUAUUGGCAUUUCUUCGA